UUCCUGAAUGGUUUGGUCAUCGGUCAUUCUUUUCAGGACAUUUACCUUCUAGCGGUGAAAAGUUUGCCAAUGGAAGAUCAAUUAGAUAUUAGAGACAUUGAACUGCCAAGUCAAGUUUUUGAUUUGAGUUUUCAUCCAAAUCGAAAUUUUAUUGCAUCUGGACAAAUAAAUGGCGAAGUUAAUGUACAUAGCUUUGGCAAAGAAAGAAAUACCCUUUUGAUGGAACUUAGCCACCACAAAAAGGCCUGUCGUGCUGUUCAAUUUUCAGCUGAUGGCUCAUAUCUUAUUACUGCAUCGAAAGAUAAAUCCAUUCAAGCUGUUGAUAUGAACACUGGGAAAGUUUGUCGGACAAUAAAAAAGGCUCAUGAGAGUCCCAUAAACUGUUUGAAAAUCAUAAAUCAACAUUUCAUUGCCAGUGGAGAUGAUGAUGGGGGAAUUAAGUUCUGGGACGCAAGAACUUCAAGUAGUGUAGUUGAGUUUUCAGAAAAUCAAGACUAUAUUUCCGAUAUGCAAUGUGAUAAGAACAACAGAACGUUAUUAGCAACAAGUGGUGAUGGAACUUUAUCAAUCUUCAAUAUAAGAAAAAAAGAACUUGUAGCGCGUUCUGAAAAUCAAGAAAAUGAACUUUUAUCCCUUGCAAUUAUAAAGAAUUCAACGAAAGUUGUGUGUGGUACAAAUAACGGCGUUCUAUAUAUUUUUUCAUGGGAUAAAUGGGCGGAUAUGAACGACCGCUUUCCUGGUCAUCCAAUGUCUGUUGAUUCAUGCGUUGCAUUGACUGAGAAUGUCAUUUGUACCGGAUCAAUAGAUGGGAUAAUAAGGGCAGUCACUGUGCUUCCUAAUCGGUUUAAUGGCGUCGUAGGAGAACACGGUGCUUAUCCCAUUGAGAAAAUACGAUUAUCACCGGAUAAAAAUAUAUUGGCCAGUUGCUCUCAUGAUCUGAAAAUUAAAUUCUGGGACGUCACUGGGUUUAAAGAAAAUACAUUUGACUGUGAAAAAAAGCGCAAAAGAAAAAGGAAAAGUCAUCAACAGUCUGACGAAGUGGAGAAUUUUUUUUCAGAUUUAUGAUUAAUACGCGAGUAUGAACACGCCAACUCGAAGAUUAUUUAAAAGAAACUGCGUUUUAUCUAUAAUGAUCACAAGAGCAGACCAUAUAUGAUAAACCUUAAGAAACAUGGGCGAACAACUAAGAACACAGUUUGAAAACAACCAUUCUAUAGCGUCACAUAUUAUAGAAUCAGUUCGAUUUCAUUCAUGCAAAAUGAUUUCAUAUUUUCAAA